AUGAAUACUGGGGCUAGUAGUUACCCAAUGGCUUCCUUGUAUGUGGGCGACCUGCAUCCUGAUGUUACUGAAGCAAUGUUGUAUGAGAAGUUUAGCCCUGCUGGUCCCGUGCUCUCCAUCCGUGUUUGCAAGGAUAUGAUCACAUGAAGGUCUUUGGGAUAUGCUUAUGUCAAUUUCCAGCAACCUGUUGAUGCUGAAUGUGCUCUAGACACCAUGAACUUUGAUGUUAUCAAAGGCAAGCCAAUACGUAUCAUGUGGUCACAGCGAGAUCCUUCACUUAGAAAAUCUAGGGUUGGUAAUGUAUUCAUCAAGAACUUGGAUAAGUCCAUUGAUAAUAAGGCUCUUUAUGACACUUUCUCUGCAUUUGGCAACAUUUUGUCUUGUAAGGUAGAGUGUGAUGAAAAUGGGUCCAAAGGCUAUGCCUUUGUUCAUUUUGAGACACAGGAUGCUGCUGACAGAGUCAUUGAGAAGCUGAACGGCAUGCUUCUGAAUGACCGCAAGGUAUUUGUUGGACAUUUUAAAUCCCGCAAGGAAAGGGAAACAGAACUUGGAGCUAAAGCAAAGGAAUUUACCAAUGUUUACAUCAAGAACUUUGGAGAAGACAUGGAUGAUGAAUGCCUGAAGGAGAUAUUCAGGAAAUAUGGCAAAACCCUAAGUGUGAAAGUAAUGACUGACCAGAAUGGGAGGUCAAAAAGCUUUGGAUUUGUAAGCUUUGAAAAACAUGAUGAUGCCAGCAAGGCAGUAGAGGAAAUGCAUGGAGGUGAGAUCAAUGGGAAAGUUAUGUCUGUAGGCCGAGCUCAGAAGAAAAUGGAGCAGCAAGCAGUAAAGAGGUGGUUUGAGCAACUGAAACAAGAAAGGAUUAGUAGAUACCAGGGUGUGAAGCUUUACAUCAAGAAUCUAGAUGACACAAUUGAUGAUGAAAAACUAAGGAAGGAAUUCACACCAUUUGGAUCCAUUACCAGUGCCAAGGUCAUGCUGGAAGAUGGCCGUAGCAAAGGAUUUGGGUUUGUUUGCUUCUCAUCUCCUGAAGAGGCAACAAAAGCUGUGACAGAGAUGAAUGGACUUAUUGUUGGAUCGAAACCACUGUAUGUGGCACUUGCCCAGAGGAAGGAAGAGCAGAAGGCUCACUUAACAAACCAGUAUAAGCAGCGCAUUGCAGGGAUGAGAGCAUUACCUGCCAGCACCCUUAUUAACCGAUUCCAAACAGCUGCAAGAGGAUACUUCAUGCCAGCUGUCCCCCAGGCCCAGAGUAGAGCUGCAUACUAUGCAUCUAACCAGAUGCCCCAAAUGAGGCCUAACCCACGCUGGCAACAAGAAAGAAGACCUCAAGGUGGAUUGCAGACUAUACCAAAUGCAGUAAAAAUAACAGGAAUGCUCUUAGAAAUUGACAACACUGAGCUGCUGCAUAUGUUGGAGUCACCAGAAUCCCUCAGAUCAAAGAUUGAAGAAGCUGUUGCAGUACUACAAGCUCAUCAGGCUAAGAAGGAGGCAGCCCAUAAAGUUGGUAGUGUUGCAGCUGCUUCCUGA